AUGUCGCAAGACGCGGAUGGUUCGAGCUACAGCGCCGAUGAUGAACGAAUCAUCAAAAUCCCGCUGAACAACGACAGAUUAGACCAAAGUGUGUUGGCUGCAAAACGAGCCACAACACAAUUUCAAGGGGCCUCGAAAUACGAUCAGGACAAGUUCGCUGUCGCAGCAUCGAUGCUGACGGAGAAGCUCAACGGCUUCGGAUCGUUACCAGGUCAAAACGGGACACCAGUGGAACGAAUGAUGCGAGAUCUGAACACUGGUUAUUUCGAUGCGUUUGAGGGUCGGGAUGACGAACAAAUGUUCAAGAAGUUCAAGGGUGUAAGAAGGGGAGACACUCUCCGGGUUCCCCAAUUCUGGUCCAUGAUCAUACAGUCACACCUUAUUAUCACCUGCGGACCGAGUGCUCUCCACGAACUCUUCGACGGCAGUGUUGAGUUUAUCUCUGGGGACUACCUUCGUACAGACGGACCCAGUCUAGUUCAGGUCACCGAUUUCUACGGACAAGUCACGUACGUACCGCUCAAGCUGUGCUCAACAUACGUCGCACUACGUCGUAACAUUGAGAGCAAGUGUCUCGAAGACAGCGAAGAAGAUAGUGAAGACUAUGUCAUACAUCUGGGGUCAGAUGACUCAGUACUGGAGGCAGACCAAUGGCCACACAUCAUGAAAUCCGAACGAUCUGCAAUGAUCGUUUUGCGUCUCAAUCGGAAGAGCACGAGUAGGGAUAUGUCCUUGAUCGAUCGUUCACGUAGUGAACAAGGAAAGAUUGAGUAUGGUGAUCUAAGCUCCGAACAUAACUCAACAGAUGAAGAUAAGACUAAAGCACUUAUCCUAAGGCGACAUUUCAACGAUGUCGAGCAGAGUCGCCAAUCGAAAUACGUUGGCGCAACCAGUGAACUUUUAGCAAGGCAAGGUUAUGUCGUGAAUGACCCCGACUCGCUCGUGGGUGGCAGCAACCCUAUUACUAGCCCGAAGCCGAUCAUCUUCCGCCGUCCAGAACGUAUGGUAAGGCCGCCUUUUGCACAAGAUGGCCUUCAUGUUGCCAGGGCCAUUACGUAUGAGAGCGAAAAUGCGGUUCAAAUCAGCAGUAGUUCGUAUGCAUCCAUUGUUGGCACCAAAGAGCUUGCUGGUGAGGCUCUAUCGUUCGCGGAAAGAGUCAGUAGUACAUCAUUGGUUGGUGAUGCAGUCGAGUCGCCGCACAGUUCAAGGGAGUCUCAUGUACCUGACAUCAUCGACAUAGAAGACGAAGAAAAGCCUUCCGGCUCUUUCGAACUUGCGCCUGAUGUCUACGAUACGAAAGGAUACACAGAAAAAGAUGCUCAGGGUUCGUUCUCAUCAUCAUCUCGCUCAAUCAACGAGCGAGAUCAUCCUGAGUCUGAAGAAGAAGAGGCCACGUUAGGAGCGACACGGAAUGCGAUAUCAGAUUGUGAAGAGGGCGUGGAACCUGGAGUAAAAGCCAAAGCUCGCUUUUCACAAAGUCAACCCAACUUGCACGUUGCCACACAAGAUGCCCCAGGAUCAUUCAAAGGGGACGUAAAAGGGGAAGAGCUCGUUAAAUCAGAUCUACGACUACAGGAUGAUGCGAAUAUAAUCCAGGAAGAAAAGAGACGUCUCGGUAUCGAGGAUAACCCUGGAGACCUAAGGGAUCUUGUGGGGUUACAAGUCAAAGACCUUAAAGGACUAAUAAGUGAAGAAGUUGCUGCUGCGUUGAGGCACAACACUGAUCAAGUCAACCGAGAUGUCCAAAAGCAACUAGAAGUUGAGCUCCGCAAUCGGCUCGCCAAGUCUGGCCUCCUUCCAAAUCUUAUCGAAGCCAUCAUCAAACAAGGAACCGACACAGCACCCGGAAGAGAAGAGCGAUCUCUACCUAACUAUACCAGGGUACCGACUAGUCAACUCGAUAGGGCUACUUUGCUUCACUUCAAUCUGCGAUUCCAGCAUGACAUACUUGAUCCUAACUUCUGGAUCAUCUUCCAACACCUGACAACAGAGGAUUUGCUGCCGAUGAUUAACCACACAUGCGACCGUCGUAUAGAGGCGCAUCUCGAAAGGGAGCGUCAAGAAGGAUCGCGCGCUCAAACACAAGAGCGACAAGAGCAGAAUCCGCCAAUGGAUGCGUCUCCGUCCGAACAUCUGAUGUCAGAACUGAUUCAGAAGCGGAGACCUAUGUCACGGCGAGAAGAGUCACCCAAUGGCAAAUGGCUCUGA